AUGGACGGCGAUCACGCGGCCCUGCCCCAUGUCGAGGAUCGGGUGGAAAAGGCGGCUGAGGAGCUGUUCUUGAACCUUGACGGCACUGGCAGCGAAAGGGGCGUCGAUGCGUCAGACGAUGAGCGAUCUGAGGACGUGUCCUCGAUUGUGGCCGACGAUUCUCACACCAACGGCCUGGAAGAUGACCUGGGCGAAAAAGAAGAUCUUAACAGUUCUGUCGCGGUCGCUGCUCGUAUCGAAGAGGAGAAUAGCGUCGAUCCGUUCGAAGUGGACGAAUUGGAGAAACUGCUCGAUGGUGGUGCUGAAGGAAAUCAGGGCAACAGAAAUGGCGAAGGCGAGGGCGAGCAAGAGUCGAAUCUCGAGGAGGUGCCGAUGGAGGAGGAGCUCUUCCUGGAGGGGAACGGCAAUGGCGACGCUCCAGCGUCACCGGCACUGCAAAAGGCUGAUGAAGGCGCGCCAGCAGAAUCUGCCGAAUCGACUUCAGAGACAGCCGCCACGAUCGCAGACGAUAACGAACUUGAUGGCCUUCUCUCUGACCUGGAAGGCGAUGGCGAUGGCGCAACGAAAAAGAAAGAAACUAAAGAAGAUGAUGAUUUUGAGCUGGGCGAGGAAGAGCAAGAAGGGGAAAUGGGCGAGAAGAAGGACGAGACCCGUGCGGCCCUCCUCGAGAGCAUCUUCGGUGGCGAUGACGACGACGAUGACCUCGGCGAACUGCUUGUCGAUGAGGAUGCGGGCGGCUUCAUAGAAGACGAAAAAAAGAGCAAGAAGAAGAAGAAGACCAGCAAGAGGGGAGGCAAGCGCAAGGCGGAUUCGGAAGACAGCGAUAUCGAGAAGAAGACCAAGCGCCGAUUGGAAGAGAUUUUGCAGCAGAAGGACAAGAAGGAGAAGAAGAAGGAGCGAGGAAGCAAGAAGAGGCGCCAGAGCCACGCUGAUGCCGAGUUUGAAGAGGUCCUAGAGAUUGAGGAGGAGGAAGCCAGCACCACCAAGAAGAGGCGAAGGCGGGCGUCGGCAGGUGAUGACGCGCCUAAGCGCAAACGCCGCUCGAAGAAGUCGCUGGAGGCCGGCGAGGAGGGCGAGGGUGGUGAAGGUGAAGGCGAGGGAGUGGAGAAGAGCGACUUUGAUCUGGUGGUAGAGCAGAUGAAGAAGAGCAACAGGCGCAGGAAGAGCAUGCUCUCGCGCGAGCAGAUCGAUCAAAUGGUCGAAACGCUGUUGAACAAGAUGGGCGAUGCUGUGGACGCCGACAUCAGAGCCAUCCAAGAGAACUCUCCCGCCGUAGCCAAGGUCAAGCUCCUGCCCGAGGUUAUCGCUAUGCUCCAAAAAGUGCAGCUGCAGGAGUCCUUCGUCGAGGGCGGUGGUCUGCGAGCGGUGAAGCAGUGGCUCGAGCCAGUGUCCGGUGCACUGCCCAACUAUAACAUCAGGACGAGCUUGUUGAACAUUCUGCCCAAGCUGCACAUCGACAGCGAUCAUCUGCGGGAGAGCGGGCUCGGAAAGGUGGUGAUGUUCCUGUGGAAGUCGCCCAAGGAGACGAAGGAGAACAAGAUCAUCGCUCAGGAGCUCAUCCAGACCUGGAGCAGGCCCAUCUUCCAGCUCAGCCUCAACUACAAGGAACACGCCGACCACGAGCGCAAACAGUUGCAGCGCCAGGACUCUUACCGGAGGUCGAACUCGUCGCAGUCGCAGAGCGCUUCGCAGACGGACGACUCGCUGGAUUCCAUCGUGGGAAGCAGGUCGAGUGGCGCCUCCCAAAAGGAGGAGUUCUCCUACCACGCGCGCAUUCCGCAACCCGCCGACAAGGACUACGUUCACCGGCCUGUGUCGCAAGUGGAGGUGCCGAUGCAGCCCGCGUCAAGCAAGAACGCUCCGACGAGGCAGAAGAUGUUCGAUCGUCGCCUCUCCGAACUCAAAUUGAAGCGCAAGGGACGCAGCAUCACCGCCCAAUCCCGAGCCGCCAAGCUCAGCGUCGAAGGAAGGAACCUGCACAUAUAA